AUGGCGCCCGUCGGCGCAGCUGUCUUUGCGACGCUGCUCAUGAACGAUGCCUACCUUCCGGGUGCCAUGGUGUUGGGCCAUUCCCUGAAAGACCGAGGCGCAAAGGCUCCUCUAGUGGCUUUUGUCGUGGUCGACAAACUGUCCGGCGACACGAUUACAGAACUUCGGACCGUCUACGACGAAAUUGUUCCUGUGCAACAGAUAGUCAACCAGAACCCGGCGAACCUAUAUCUCAUGGGCCGACCCGACCUAGUAUCGACAUUUACCAAGAUUGAGUUAUGGAGGCAGACACAGUACAAGAGAAUAGUCUAUUUGGAUGCAGAUAUGGUGGCACUCAGAGCUCCCAACGAACUGCUCAGUCUCGAGACUGAGUUCGCCGCAGUUCCUGACAUUGGUUGGCCGGAUUGCUUCAACAGCGGUCUCCUCGUGCUGAACCCCAACAUGGCCGAUUAUUACGCGCUGUUAGCCCUAGCGCAGCGAGGAAUCAGUUUUGAUGGAGCAGACCAGGGUCUGCUGAACAUGCAUUUUCGGGAAUGGCAGAGGCUGAGCUUCGUAUACAAUUGUACCCCCAGCGGCAACUAUCAAUACGAACCGGCCUAUCGCCAUUUUGCCAGCAGCAUUGCAGUGGUCCACUUCAUAGGAGCAGACAAGCCUUGGACUUUAGGGAGAGAUAACAGGUUCAACACGGGCGUCUAUGGCGAACUGCUGGGAAUGUGGUGGGCUGAGUACGACAAGCAUUACCGUCGAAAGACUACUACCCGGUAUGACACUCGGAACUAUCGGUCGAAGAAAACUGUACAGGACUAUGUGCGCGGCGAGGAGCCUUUGUAUGUGGCCGACUGGUCGCAUCAAGGAUCAGCCGCAGGUCAAGGCUCCCAGCCGCAACCGUCAUCAUCACAUCAGGGCCAAGUGCCUCUACCUCCUGAGAUUACCAUUUCUCAUUCCGAUUCGCAUCAAACUACGACGAUGGAACUGCCCCUUGGUGAUGCGCCGACGCCUACAGGCCGGAACGACUUCAAUCCCACCCCGACGGUUGAACAGAGACGCUUUUCAGCUCCCCAAGCUGAAUGGCAGCCAACACGGGAACCACCUCCAGCGCAUUCGAAGCCCGAAGCCGCAAACUUCCCGACACAGAUUUACGACAUGUCCAAAGACACUGAGCUCUUCCAGCCUCCCGCUCGGUAUCCCGAUGCACCCAAGGACAUGUGGUACGAAGUGCCCGAAAAGGUGCCAGAGCCUGCCAAACCGAAACCGAUAUUCCCCUGGGAAACGAGAGCCCCCAAACCGACUCGAGUCUUCCCGAAACCGAAAUCACCUAGCCCGCCCCCACGUGAGCCCUCGCCUCCAGUAGAAAUCUCAGCGCCAACGCCAGAAGCUGAUGCCACUGACCUUACUCUUGGGAGCAAUGUUGCCUCAGUGAGUCCUCCUACAGAUACCUGGACAGCCUUCCAGCAGCGGACGAAUGCGUGGGACGACAUGCCGGAAAUUGAACGAUACGUACAGUCCUUACAUCAAGCCCGAAAAGGAAAAUUACAAGUAUUACACCACACGCCUUCCCAGCGGUCCCCUACCGGCUCGACUGUCACCUCACCGCCCGCAGAUUCCUCGCGACGGCCCAGCAUUAGAAUAACAGACUUCCCGACCGAAGUCGAACGACCGAGCUUACCCGUAACUCCGGCACCAAUCCGGCGGCCCAGUUUCUGGGGCGAAGAGAGAGAUGAAGAAGGAAAUCUACCGGCAGCCGAAGGGGUACCGAAACAAGAAGAUUGGAACCCUGUUGCCAAACUCGAAGAACUCCAACGGCGUCAAAGCGAAGUCUUAUUGUCGCCCGGCGGCACUCGACAUCUGGAAGAGGUCCAGGAUCCUCCGAGAAGAAAGAUGCCCGAGAGCGACAGCAUAGAGACGGUCAUUGAAAAGACGAACAAAGCCAUAUCGCCCACGAACGUGCCGAAAAAGCCGAAGCCGAUACUAAAACCGCCGCAUUUCGAAUUGGGACAAGAGGAGGUGCGGACUCCCACUGAUGAUGACGUCGAUCCGAAAGCCGGCCAGUCUCCUGAACCGGUUACCGGCCCUGGGAGGGAAAGUCAGGAAGCUGUGCAGAAGAAGUCUGCGCAAGGCUCCCGUUGA